AUGCCUUCAAUAAAGUUGCAGAGCUCUGAUGGAGAGAUAUUUGAAGUUGAUGUUGAAAUUGUGAAACAAUCUGUGUCUACUAAGGCCAUGCUGGAAGAUUUGGGAAUGGAUGAUGAAGGAGAUGAUGAUCCAGUCCCCCUGCCAAAUGUUAAUGCAGCAACAUUAAAAAAGGCAGCAAACUACUUGGACAUCAAAGAUUUGCUUGAUGUUACCUGCAAGACUGUUGCCGAUAUGAUCAAGGGGAAAACUCCUGAGGAGAGUCAAAAGACAUUCAGUAUCAAAAAUGAUUUUGCUGAAGAAGAAGAAGCCCAGAUAUGCAAAGAGAACCAGUGGUGUGAAGAGAAGUAA